AUGUCGCAAGCUGGAGCUCGACUUCUUGCCCACAGCAAAUGCCAUCAAGUCCACUCGAGAGGUGCUCGGCCCCCCUUUUACGACCGCAACGUCGACAUUGUCAUCCCUCGUCUCGAAGGCAAAAAUGACGUUUGCCGUUGCGAUGUUUUUCGUCCGAAGGACACAGAAGAAGGAAAAAAGUAUCCUGUCCUCAUUACAUCUGGUCCUUACGGAAAGGACAUUGCCUAUUCUGACUUCUAUCCAGAGUCCUUUGAAGAGCUGCCCGACGAACAGAAGUCGGUGCUUUCCUCGUGGGAGGUGCCUGAGCCUACCUUCUGGACCCUUCAUGGCUUCAUCGUUGUUCGUGUAGAUGAGCAGGGCACAGGUCAGUCUCCAGGCUUCCUCGACACCAUGUCCGACCAGACAGCUAACAACUUCUUCCACUCGAUCGAAUGGGCUGCGUCCCAGUCGUGGUCCUCUGGCAAGGUUGGUCUACUCGGUAUCUCGUACUACGCCGGAAGUCAGUGGCGAGUGGCGGCUCGUAAGCCCAAGGGCCUUGCUGCGAUGAUUCCGUGGGAAGGUAUGUCAGAUUAUUAUCGCGACCGCGUCCGCAAGGGCGGUAUCUAUGGUGACGGUUUCGUCACUAUGUGGCAAAACUACCAGAUCAAUUCGAAUCAGUACGGUCGUGCUGCUGCACCACCUCCCAAAAAGACUUGGGGACCCGGUCGAAAUACCAAAGUCCCUAGCAUCGAGGGUAUCCUCACUCCCGAACAGCUUAAGGAGAAUCGCACUGAUCAGACCGUGGACAACGCCGAGAAUUUUUACCUCGACCAGGAGUACUACUCUAUGCGAGAAUUGGACCUUGCCGAUAUUGAGACACCUAUGCUCAGCGUCGGCAAUUGGGGCGGUAUCGCACUCCAUCUUCGAGGCAACGUAGCAGGAUACCUCGGAGCAGCAUCCAAAAACAAGUGGCUUUGGCUCAUCACUGGUCGUCACGAUCUUCCUUUCUACCUGCCCGAGCGUGUUGAACUGCAAAAAUCCUUCCUCAACGCCUUCCUUCACGGCAAAGACGAUCGCGGCUGGCUCAAGGGUCCCAACGCCGAACAAGGUGUUCCAGCAGUCAGCUACGCUGUUCGCAAAGGUUCUCCCAAGUUCAACUCGAUCGACGGUGAUCGCUCCUUCCCCGAAAAGAGCACUACUGCCUGGCCCUUGCCCAAUACUGAAUACACACCCUUCUUCCUCUCUGCCGAUCACCAGCUCAAGAGGGACCACCAACAAGCGGCAAAAGCGCUCAAUGGUGUCGCUGGUGUGGAGGGUGAUAAAUCAAACCUGGCAGAACAGGUGUGUUACAAGGGCUUUGAUGGUGAGAGUGUCAAGUUCGAUCACAAGGUCGAGGAUUGCGAGCUCGAGAUCACUGGUCACCCUCACCUUCGUCUCCUCAUGAGCGUCACUGCCGAUCCUCAAGCAGAAUCGAUUCCAAGUGAAGCUGACAUAUUUGUCACACUUCGACACCUCGAUGCGGAAGGCAAAGAAAUCUACUACACUGGCACUGCAGGUGACCCAUGCCCUAUCGUGAAGGGCUGGCUCCGCGCAUCAGUUCGCAAAGUGGACCAAGCCAAGAGCACUGAGCUCGUACCGCAUCGCAACUACCUCAGCACCGAAGUGGCGCCCAUCGAAGCAGGCAAAGUGUACGCGAUGGAUGUCGAGAUCUGGCCCACCAACGUCGUCAUCCCUGUCGGACACACUUUGCAGCUCGAGACUGGCCCACAAGACCAGCAGGGUGGCGGUGUCUUUACUCACACUCACCCUAAGGAUCGAGUAAAGGAGAAGCUUGCUGGAGUCAACACCAUCCACACGGGCGCAGUCCCGGCGGAUGAAGUUGACACUCUCGGAAUCAGCAAGAAGACACCCGUGCUAGGCAGUGAAGUGCUUGCCAGCUGUCUUGUUCUUCCAAUCAUUCAGUAA